UUAAGCCUCCCAUUCUCAUUUCUCCCCCAACAACUAAACGAACCCAGCCAAUAUUUUUCCCCCAAAGCCAAAACCCUAACUCGUAACUCCCUAGCAACGGUCUGACCAGCGACGGCCCACGGCCAGUCGGCCACCGUCUACUUCCCCACCGGCGACCACGACGGCGAACCAGCAAGAUUUUCGGCGAGGCUCUGCGCAUCUAACCAUCUAUCCAACCGUUUGAAAGAUGGAGAUAAGCCAAUAAGAACAUCUUCAAACAAUCAUCCAAAAUUGGGGUCAGCAGGCUUGGCCUUGCAUUACGCAAACAUCAUCACUCAAAUAGAUACUCUUGUCUCUCGCUCAAACUCUGUACCACCAAACACAAGGGAUGCUCUAUAUCAGGGACUGCCACCUAACAUCAAAGCAGCUUUAAGAUCGAAAUUGCAAUCAUUUCAGCUCAAGGAAGAGAUUUAGAGGUGAUUUCUUUGGCUCCCUUUCUCUACUGCAUACUGCUCAGUUGUAAUGGAGAUAAAUUUAGGGAGCCUCCCGUUCGACAUAGAUUUCCACCCAUCUGACUCUCUUGUUGCAACUGGUUUAAUCAAUGGUUAUCUUCUACUCUAUCGUUAUGCUGCUGAAACAGAACCACAACGCUUGGUGAAAGUUCGUGCACACAAGGAGUCUUGUAGAGCUACGCAGUUUAUUCACGAGGGGUGUGCAAUUGUGACAGGGUCCCCAGAUUGCUCAAUUCUUGGUACUGAUGUUGAAACUGGAGCUAAAAUUGCUCAUCUUCAAAAUGCUCACGCAGCUCCAAUCAAUAGAAUAAUUAACUUGACAGAAGCAACCAUUGCUUCAGGCGAUGAUGCAGGAUGUGUUAAGAUAUGGGAUACCAGACAGCAAUCCUGUUGCAAUACUUUUGAGGUUCAUGAAGAGUACAUAUCAGAUUUGACUUUUGCAUCAGAUUCAAUGAGACUUUUAGCUACCAGUGGAGAUGGGACUCUGUCUGUAUGCAGUGUCCGAAGUAAUAAGGUCCAAGCACAAUCUGAAUUUUGUGAGGAUGAACCACUUUCUGUAGUUAUUAUGAAGAAUGGCAGGAAAGUUGUCUGUGGGACACAAACUGGGACUUUGUUGCUAUACUCAUGGGGAUUCUUCAAAGAUUGCAGUGAUCGGUUUGUUGAUUUGAGCCCAAACCCUGUUGAUGCUCUCUUGAAGUAUGAUGAAGAUAGAGUGAUCACUGGAUCUUGUAAUGGGCUCAUCAGUUUGGUGGGCAUAUUGCCCAACAGAAUCAUUCAACCAAUCGCUGAGCACUCAGAUUAUCCAGUUGAACGUCUUGCUUUUUCACAUGAUAAGAAGCUUCUUGGAAGUAUAUCUCAUGAUAACGUGUUGAAGUUGUGGGAUAUGGAUGAGCUAUUACAAGGCUCUAGCACAGUUACAAGAAACGAGACAGCUGCAUCUGGCAGUGAUAGUGGUAGUGAUGGUGAUGGCAUGGAUGUCGAUUCUGAUCUUUCAAAUACUUCCAGAGGUACGAAAACGAAGAACAAUGGGAAAGCUUCUAGCAGCUCUUUUGGCAGUUUCUUCGCAGAGUUGUAACAUGUUGCUGAAUGUCUGUAAUGCAAGCAGGGUGCAAUUUUUUGGUGCGCAUCAGUCCCCAUCAUGUGGAUAUUUAUGAAAUGGCAAUUUUAUUUAGGCUUUUUUAAUAUUCACUUGUUAAUUACUACUACCUCCGUUCCAUCAUACUCUUGACACUUAUCAAGGCACGUAGUUUUAGACGAUAAGUUGUUUGGUUAUUAAUUGUUAUUUUAUUGAAAA